AUGGAAAGGAAAGGUUUUGAAGGAUAUGGGCCAAAUGGAAGGAAAUGGGACAAGGAGGAGGAUGACCUUGAUCAUAAUGUGGUGGUGAGGGGGUUACAGACCACGAGCUCAGAUGGGAACUUUGGUCAUCGUGGACCAUUUGAGCUGAAGGGCUAUGUUCAGUGCUGUGUGAAUUGGACUACUAUCCUGCUGAACUUGCUGCUCUGCUCGCUGGUGUUCUACACAGUCUACUACCUGUUUGCAAGUGUCUGCUUUGGAGCAUUUGGUCUUGAUUCAUUCGAUGGGUUGAUUCCAUUUGACUUUAAAACUCCAGCUUCAACAUCCAGCUCAAAGUACCUAGUGAACCUGCUGUCAAUGGAACUGACAUAUUUCAUCAGCGGUCUGCUGUUUGCAGCUAUAGUUAAGGAAAGGGUUUGGGACGACUCUUUCACAGUUGCACUCAGUCAUAUCCUGCUGACUUCAGCAGUGAUGGUCGAAUUUCCUUUAGUAUGGCAGUGGUGGUUGGCAUUGGGUGUCGGUUUGUUGCUGAUGAUUGCUGAUGGACAGUUGGUUGCACAUUUCGUUUUCCGGAAUAACCCCAGUUACUCUUCAGUCAAUGUUUGAGAGAGAAUGGAGGAAACAUGGCUGCAGACAUCAAGGAACUAAAGAGAGCUCUACGACUGUGUGGACUGAUGCCGUAUCUGUAUUCACUUUAGUGUAUAAAAAAGUCGCGCUUUUUCAGCGAUAUCACACGCUUGAAAUGCAGACCCUACAUUUUAUCUGUGAGACGGGUUAUUUUGUGGCAAGAAAAUUAUGAAAAUCGGGGAACUGAAACAAGAGAUUAAUUUUACAAUUUCAUUGCCCUGCGUUGUUCCGAUGUUUCAUUGUUCCCGCUUUCCAAGGUUCUCUUGAAAAGUGAUGAGUUUGGAGAUAAUUUUAAUUUUGCCCAAACUUAUGUGCAGUUGGAACGGCUUGAAAAAGUUUGCUUUGAACGUGCUCUUGAUAAGAAUUGCUAGAACAGAAUUAUCUCCGGUAUAAGUUGAGACCUUGUAAAAUGUGCUCCAGUCAGGCCAGCUUUUGUUCAGUUUGACUGUGCCAGGUUGACGUGAAAACAAACUUGUGAAACUUUUAAAAAUUGAGCACAAAAAGAAUUAGUUUAUUCAGAUUUUCUUUUUAUGUGUAGUGUAUUCAUAGUUGUAAAGUAGAAUUUAAAAUACUCCCCAGAAGUGUUUACAGUAUUCAUAUAAAAUAUUAAACUUUAUUUCUAUUUUGAUGCAGUGUUUAUAGACAUGUAUUUUAAUAAUUACAAUAAAC